AUGUGUGUGUUUGUACGUCCUGUGCCUGAGGGAGUGAGAGAGGGAUCGACCUUUAACCCCAACAGGAGCCGGAGAGAGACAGUGAGUGAGGGGGAAUGUGACGACGGCUCGUAACUGUGUGUUUGUUUUAAUUUGUGUGUGCUCAGUGGACACGAGAGCACUCUAGGUCGCCAUGGUUAUCCUCAGACGAACGCCACUGCUUCGCUACCUGCUGCUGGCGGCCAUGUUGGCUCUGUUCCUCUUUGUCAGCUCCUUGUGGCUACCUCAAGGCGGAGUCAGAGACUGCGGCAGCGCCUGGCAGCCAUGUUUACGUUCUUACCAACUAACGCCUGAACCUCCGCUGGUCCCCGGGGACGUCCUGCAGGAGGACGAACCCACGCUCAUUACUAAGGAGUGUCCGGGUCAGAAGUUCCAGGUCCGAGAGCUGCUGCUGCAUCUGAAGUCCAGUCUGUCCAACGAGGAGGACGAUGAUGUCCUUCUGGAGCCGUACCUGCAGAGCUGGGACCAGCUGCUCAAUUUCAUGGAGUCUCUCGGGACCAUGGUGAGUUUAUUCUCCAUGAAGGUGAACGAGAAGGUCGUCCAGAUCCGAGCUCUGUCUCUCCAGCACAGCGCAGACGUCCAUGGAGCUCAGGGACAAACCCCCCCGUCGUUUGGACUUAAAACCGGGGCAUACCGCUCGGUUCGAACGAUGGUGGAGGCGGAGCUAAAAGCGGGCGUGGUGGACUUCUCCCGCCACACGGACUCGGGCUGCCGGACGCUGCUGCGGCUGCAUCGCUCUCUGCUGUGGCUCAAGCUGAUGUUAGAGGGUUUGUCUGAAGGACCCGACGCACACGGACAAUACAAGACCCCCGGGGAGCUGAGCAGAGACGCCUACCAUGUGGCGUUGGCCCCCUACCACCCGUGGGUGCUUCGCCAGGCGGCCGAGUUCGCAUUCCUUGCCCUCCCCGACCGACAGUACUUCCUGCAGCUGGUGUGUGUUCAGAACCAGAGUGAGGCCACGCCCGUUCUGCGUGUCAUCAUCCACGCCCUGAUGCUCGUGCACACGCGAACUCAACGAAUACUGGACCAACACAACAUGCUGGAGCUGCCGUGACACCAACAACUGGGAAGAUUCCGGACGUUCACCGCAGACUCCGCAGGCGCCCGGCGACUCGUCCACGUGGCUCCAGGCGUGUUUGAUCAAGCUGCCGAGGACCUUGUACCAGACGCCACACACUCUGCAGGGCGUCUUGCUUCUCUCCACCACGUACGGUUUGGGCCGCCGCCUCCUCCUCUCAGGUUUCUGCGGCUCGACGUCGGGUUUCCAGUCGUCUGUGUCGUCAUCUUUCUCCUCAUCGGACGCCACUUCGCUCUCAGCAGCUUCCUCUGGCUCCACGUUGUGUUGUGACGCUGAGCUGCUGAAAACAACAAACUGUGUUGACUGUUUAUUUAUGUACGAGUUUGUGUGAAAGAGAUGUUGACUUCAGAAUAAAA